CAGUGGAUCACCGAGUCAUCGAUCGCUCAGCGUUUCCCAGCAAAGCAACUGGAGUGGCGCUUAUAACACGAAGGACAAUAAGAGCGGAGCCUGUCAGAGCUAGGUUAAUAUAUCGCCAGGAAUAGACAUGCACGUCCAAACAUUGAAUCGCCUAAGGGACUGAGAGUCAAUUAAAGCCACUUUACAAAACCAGCGUACCCUUUUUGAGUCAUGUCUGUGCUGCGGAGCUACUGCGAGUCCAACUCGUCCAUCUCCCAGACCUGGGUGGACCGGGGCAUCUCGCCCUGCUUCUACUUCACCCUCCUGCCCUCGGUCCUGCUCACGGUCACCUUCUUCCUGGGCACGCUCCACUGCGUCUUCUACCGUCGCUAUGGCACGGCCAUGGAGCCCAAGUUCAUCCCGCGCUCCUGCCUGUACGCGCUCCAGCAGGCGCUGUCCAUCGUCCUCAUGAUCCAGUUCCUGGGCGGCGCCAUAUGGCGAGCGUCCCGCGGCGACGCGGAGCUGCCGGGGUACGUGGUGCUGUACGGGGUCCUCUCCACCCUGGGCUGGGGCUACGCCCUGGCCCUGUUGAGGGUGGAGAGGCGGCGGGCCCUGUUGAUGGAUCGGACCCGGGGCCACAGUGCGGUGCUGCUGCUGCUGUGGGCGCUGGCCUUCUGCGCGGAGAACCUGGCCUUCGUGUCGUGGUACAGCCCGCACUGGUGGUGGGGGCUGGACACCCAGAGAGACCAGGUGGAGUUUGCCCUGUGGCUGAUCCGCUACCUGGCCACGGGCUCGCUCUUCUUCCUGGGUCUCCGAGCUCCGGGGUUGCCGCGGCGACCGUACAUGCUGCUCAUCAACGAGGAGGAGCAUGACGUGGAGAGCCGUGCGCAGGGGGGGGAGGAGGAGGAGGAGAACCAGUCAACGUGGCAGGGCUUCAGGACCAAGGUGAGGCUGCUGCUGCCCUACAUGUGGCCCCGCGGGAGCGUCCUCCUCCAGGGGUUGGUGCUGCUCUGCCUGAGUCUCCUGGGGGUGGAGCGGGCCAUCAACGUCUUCGUCCCCAUCUACUACAAGAACAUCGUGAACGAGCUGUCUGACGGCAGCAGCUGGCGAAAGCUGGCCACCACCGUCUGUGUCUACGUCAUGCUCAAAUUCCUCCAGGGCGGUGGAGCCGGCGCCUCGGGCUUCGUCAGCAACCUGCGCUCCUUCCUGUGGAUCCGGGUGCAGCAGUACACCAACCGCGUGGUGCAGGUGAAGCUGUUCGGCCACCUGCACUCCCUGUCGCUGCGCUGGCACCUGGGCCGCAAGACGGGCGACGUGCUGCGCAGCAUCGACCGCGGCACCUCCUCCAUCAACUCCCUGCUCAGCUACAUCGUGUUCAGCAUCGCGCCCACCAUGGCCGACAUCGUCAUCGCCAUCAUCUAUUUCGUCACCAACUUCAACGCCUGGUUCGGCCUGAUCGUGUUCGUCUGCAUGACGCUGUACCUCACUCUCACCAUCAUCAUCACAGAAUGGCGGACCAAGUACAGAAGGGACAUGAACUUACAGGACAACGCUGCCAAGACCAAGGCAGUGGACUCCCUGCUCAACUUCGAAACGGUGAAGUACUACAACGCAGAGAGCUACGAGGUCAACCGCUUUGAGGAAGCCAUCUUGAGAUACCAGGGGUCGGAGUGGGACUCCCAGGCCUCGCUGGCCCUCCUCAACCAGACCCAGAACCUGAUCAUCGGGUUGGGCCUGCUGGCCGGCUCCCUUCUCUGUGCCUACUUUGUCACCGAGGGCAGGUUUAAGGUGGGAGACUUCGUUCUGUUUGGGACCUACAUCAUCCAGCUCUACACGCCUCUCAACUGGUUCGGAACCUACUACAGAAUGAUCCAGAACUCAUUCAUCGACAUGGAAAGCAUGUUCAAGCUCUUUGAAGAGGAAGAGGAGGUGAAGGAUUGUCUGGGGGCUGGGGACCUGGAGUUCAAACAGGGGAAAGUGGAGUUUCAAAAUGUCUACUUUAGCUACAUCAAUGGGCAGGAGAUCCUGAAAGACGUGUCCUUCACCGUGAACCCGGGCCAAACCCUCGCCUUGGUGGGCAAGUCGGGGUCGGGGAAGAGCACCAUCAUCAGGCUGAUGUUCCGUUUCUACGACGUCCAGGGAGGCAACGUUCUCAUCGACGGCCAGGACAUCGCCAAGGUGAAGCUCACCUCCCUGCGGUCUCACAUCGGCGUGGUGCCCCAGGACACCGUCCUGUUCAACUCCAACAUCCGGGACAACAUCCGCUACGGCCGCAUCUCGGCCAGCGACGCGGAGGUGGAGGAGGCGGCCAUCGCCGCCGACAUCCACGACAAGAUCAUGGGCUUUGCUGAGGGCUACGACUCCCAGGUGGGCGAGCGGGGGCUGAAGCUGAGCGGGGGGGAGAAGCAGAGGGUGGCCAUCGCCAGAACCAUCCUCAAGGCGCCGCAGAUAGUGCUGCUGGACGAGGCCACGUCCGCACUCGACACCCAAACGGAGCGCAACAUCCAGGCCUCUCUUGCGAAGGUCUGCGCCAACCGCACCACCAUCGUGGUGGCUCACAGGCUGUCCACCAUCAUUGGGGCCGACCAGAUCCUGGUGAUCAGUGACGGGCAGGUGGCCGAGCGAGGAAGACAUGAGGAGCUGCUGGACAAGGGGGGCUUGUAUGCGGAGAUGUGGCAGAGGCAACAACAGGCCCAGGACUCUGACUCUGACACAGAGGCUAAGGAUCGCAAGUCCGAAAAGCUCCAACCCCCGUCCACCUCAUCGGGUCAUCACCACGGCCCCCACUAAACCAAACCGCCCCACGAAUGUUUGUUAGUGGCUUUGUUUUAUGCCUUGUUCUUAAACGGUGUGUGGUUUUAAAGGGGACACGUUAUACCACCAGGUGUGAGUGUGAUUAGCCUUACAAGCUGUUUCGAGCGGGCAGAUUUUCGAAACAGCUUGUAAGGCUAAUCACACUCACACCUGGUGGUAUAUUAUGUCCCCUUCAAAGGUGACAUAUUAUACCACCAGGUGUAAGAUCUGCCUCUUCUGACAUCACAAGUGGGUGUGUCCACCUAGAUGUGUGCUGGAUGGAUCAGUCUACCAGCCUACCCAGUGGACUGUGGCAAACGUUGCUACUCAUUCCAUCAUACAUCUAGGUAGAAACGCCCACCUGUGAUGUAAGAAGAGGCACAUUUUUCAAAACGGCUUGUAACAGCUAAUCACACUCGCACCUGUUGGAAUAAUAUGUCACCUUUUAAACAACCCCUUCCUCCUUUGAACUCUGAAUCACGCUACAGUCCAGCUUAGCUAGACGUGAGAAGUUAGCAAGGCUAAUUUGGCUUUCACCCAUCAAGCCUAUCCAAGUCCAAUACUCUUCAGUGUGUGCUUGCGUACAAUCAGGAGAACAGGGAGGCCUCGAGGAGCAUUUGUCAGCGAACGAUGUGAAUUAAUAUCUUUGUCAGUUUUAGGGCUGUUUUUAUGUUUGAUCCUGCUACAGCGCCUAAAAUUUUUCUUCCGUGCUGGUGUUUUAGUCGACCGUAGGAGAUCGCGCAGAAGAUUGAUCUUAUUACAAAUGUGGACGCUAUACUCAGGUUGGAAUGUUAUUUUACUACAAUACUACAUUAUUUAUAUUUGUGUUGGCUAUGGAUAUGUUGGACAAAAAGAAAGUUUUCACGAAACCAAAGUAUUGAGUGUUUAAAUGAAUGAUCCAACACUGUAAUAGUAGUAUGGAAGUAUUAUUAUCUUAUUUUCAAUCAUUUGCAUUGAUCAUUUUAUGUUUAGGACAGAAGGGAAUUUCCGAAAAUACGGAAGGCAAAGCUCCUUUUAUUCUUUUAUAUUUGUUUGCUUUCUUUAUUGUUUUUAGUCUUGUAAUUCGGCAAGUAUAUUUAUUCAGUUUACUAUCGGAAAACACUAUAUUGCUCUGAUCUAGAUUGUAUAGAUUGUUUGUAUGAAAAAUGCCACAAUAUUAAAGAAUAAUAAAAAAUAAAAUUUUUUCCUGUG